CGCCGUUGGCGGGUGGCAUUAGACGGGCGGGCUUCGGAGGUGCAUUGACUCAUUUGCGUGAGGAACGAGAACACGAUCGAGUUCGGCCUACAAUUUUUGGAGGGGGAGACGCUUCAAGGAGUGUUAAAAUGCAGAUCUUUGUGAAGACCUUGACUGGCAAGACCAUCACCUUGGAGGUGGAGCCAAGCGACACUAUUGAGAAUGUCAAGGCUAAGAUCCAAGACAAAGAGGGCAUUCCACCUGAUCAGCAGAGGCUGAUCUUUGCCGGCAAACAGCUGGAAGAUGGACGCACCCUUUCAGAUUACAACAUCCAGAAAGAAUCCACUCUCCAUCUUGUGUUGCGUUUGAGGGGAGGCAUGCAGAUCUUUGUGAAGACCCUGACGGGCAAGACCAUCACACUGGAGGUUGAACCCAGUGACACCAUUGAGAACGUGAAAGCCAAGAUCCAGGACAAAGAAGGCAUCCCCCCAGAUCAACAGAGGUUGAUCUUUGCUGGCAAACAGCUUGAAGAUGGCCGCACUCUCUCAGAUUACAACAUCCAGAAAGAAUCCACCCUCCAUCUUGUGCUGCGUUUGAGAGGAGGCAUGCAGAUCUUUGUGAAAACCUUGACUGGCAAGACCAUCACUCUAGAAGUAGAGCCCAGUGACACCAUUGAGAAUGUCAAGGCCAAGAUCCAAGACAAAGAAGGCAUCCCCCCAGACCAACAGAGGUUGAUCUUUGCUGGCAAACAGCUUGAAGAUGGACGUACUCUCUCAGAUUACAACAUCCAGAAAGAAUCUACUCUCCACCUCGUACUGCGUCUCAGGGGAGGCAUGCAGAUCUUUGUGAAGACCUUGACUGGCAAGACCAUUACUCUAGAGGUUGAACCAAGUGACACCAUUGAGAAUGUGAAAGCCAAGAUCCAGGACAAAGAAGGCAUCCCUCCAGACCAGCAGAGGUUGAUCUUUGCCGGCAAACAGCUUGAAGAUGGUCGCACUCUGUCAGAUUACAAUAUCCAGAAAGAGUCCACCCUCCACCUUGUGCUGCGGCUCCGGGGAGGCAUGCAGAUCUUUGUGAAGACCCUGACUGGCAAGACCAUCACUCUAGAGGUCGAACCAAGCGAUACAAUUGAGAAUGUCAAGGCAAAGAUCCAGGACAAGGAAGGCAUCCCCCCAGACCAGCAGAGGUUGAUCUUUGCCGGCAAGCAGCUUGAAGAUGGCCGCACCCUUUCCGACUACAACAUCCAGAAAGAAUCCACCCUCCAUCUUGUUCUGCGACUUAGGGGAGGCAUGCAGAUCUUUGUGAAGACCUUGACUGGCAAAACCAUCACUCUCGAAGUAGAGCCCAGUGACACUAUUGAGAAUGUCAAGGCCAAGAUCCAGGACAAAGAAGGCAUCCCCCCAGACCAGCAGAGGCUCAUCUUUGCCGGCAAACAGCUUGAAGAUGGCCGCACUCUCUCAGAUUACAACAUCCAGAAAGAGUCAACACUCCAUCUUGUGCUCCGACUCAGGGGAGGCAUGCAGAUCUUUGUGAAGACCUUGACUGGCAAGACCAUCACCCUGGAGGUUGAACCAAGCGACACAAUUGAGAACGUCAAGGCCAAGAUCCAAGACAAAGAAGGCAUCCCCCCAGACCAACAGAGGUUGAUCUUUGCUGGCAAACAGCUUGAAGAUGGACGUACUCUCUCAGAUUACAACAUCCAGAAAGAAUCUACUCUCCACCUCGUACUGCGUCUCAGGGGAGGCAUGCAGAUCUUUGUGAAGACCUUGACUGGAAAGACCAUUACUCUUGAAGUUGAACCAAGCGACACCAUUGAGAACGUCAAGGCUAAGAUCCAGGACAAAGAAGGCAUCCCCCCAGACCAGCAGAGGCUCAUCUUUGCUGGGAAGCAACUUGAAGAUGGACGCACUCUCUCAGAUUACAACAUCCAGAAAGAAUCCACCCUCCACCUUGUGCUGCGACUUAGGGGAGGCAUGCAGAUUUUCGUGAAGACCUUGACUGGCAAGACCAUCACUCUCGAAGUAGAGCCGAGCGACACAAUUGAGAACGUCAAGGCCAAGAUCCAAGACAAAGAAGGCAUCCCCCCAGACCAACAGAGGCUCAUCUUUGCCGGCAAACAGCUUGAAGAUGGCCGCACCCUUUCAGACUACAACAUCCAGAAAGAGUCUACCCUCCAUCUUGUGCUGCGACUCAGGGGAGGUAUGCAGAUUUUUGUGAAGACCUUGACUGGCAAGACCAUCACUCUUGAGGUGGAGCCCAGUGACACCAUUGAGAACGUCAAGGCCAAAAUCCAAGACAAAGAAGGCAUCCCCCCAGACCAACAGAGGCUCAUCUUUGCCGGCAAACAGCUUGAAGAUGGCCGCACUCUCUCAGAUUACAACAUCCAGAAGGAAUCCACCCUCCACCUUGUCCUGCGUUUGAGGGGAGGCAUGCAGAUUUUCGUGAAGACCCUGACUGGCAAGACCAUUACUCUCGAGGUGGAACCCAGUGACACCAUUGAGAACGUCAAGGCCAAGAUCCAGGACAAAGAAGGCAUCCCCCCAGACCAGCAGAGGCUCAUUUUUGCUGGGAAGCAACUUGAAGACGGCCGCACGCUCUCCGACUACAACAUCCAGAAGGAGUCCACCCUCCACCUUGUGCUGCGCCUGAGAGGCGGCUGUUAGAUUCACGAACACCUUUGCAAGUUGCCAAUAGCAUUUGUUUGCACUGUAGCAGUUUCAUGUCUUAAUAUUGUAAGGUGAAUGCAGGUUCCUGGAGCCUCUAGACUUGUUUGUGUAAAUGCUAAUAAAGUUUUCCGUUGCACAUUG